UUCCCACACGCUCUGGAUUCCCCAUCAUCGCCACCCCCACCCCCUUCCUGGGAACCAACUUGGAAUUUGUCAAAGAGCCAGUCUUCCGUCAACCCCACCCCAGUCAGACAGUUAAUAAGUGACCAGAGCUCUGGACCCUGGCCUAUAAGGGGCUGCUGGCCAGGAGGCAGGUGGCAGCCAGGUAGACAGUGGAGGAAGCAGGAACCCAGAGACGUGAGAUGGGAGGCAAGGCCACGUCCGGAAGCCAGCUGUGGGCUGCUAUGGUCCUGCUGCUGCUGCUGCUGCAGAGUGCACAGUCCGUCCUCAUCAAGUACGAUGGCUUCCAAGUAGAGCUGGAAUCUGUGAAGAAGCUGAAUGAGUUGAAGAAGCAGCUGACAUCCAACUCCCUACCAGAGACCAGUCCCGCUCUACCCGCUGUGUGCCAUCACCUUGCCUUGCCCGAGGACCUCCAGCCCGUCUGUGCCUCCCAGCAAGCUGCCAGCAUCUUCGAGGCCUUGAGCACCAUCGCCACUGACGAAUGCGAGCUGUGUAUAAAUGUUGCCUGUACGGGCUGCUACUGAAAUGACCCUGGGUGUCUUAAGCCCACUCCAGACACCCACCUGUCCCCCAACCUACCCCAUUCACACUCAGGCAUCGUUGGAGUAAUCACCACCCUCCCAGCAUAGCUGGAUCCACGACAAGACAAUGGGACACAGGGAUGGCAUCUUUGGCCUCCAUGCAGCUGCAUCUGAAUAAAGAUACUACCCACAAAA